CAAUCGCGGAAUCGCGAUCAGUCUGUAAAAGUCAGCGCGCAAGCCACUGACACGGCUAUCUCCGCGUGCGCGAGCAAGCGAAUCCGGCCACGGCCGUUUGACGUAUCGCGGGUGGAUAAAGAGCGCAAAGUCGAAAAACAAAGACGAGGAAAAACCGCGCGAUGUUACAAGGAGAUAAAUAUUCGGACUGAUAGCGUAUCGCUCCGAGAGAGAUACCCGCGAACAUCCGCGGAUCGAUACGGCGGUGGAGAAUACGUCCCGACAAAGAGAAGAUUGAUCGGAUAUAAAAUCCGCGAAUGAAACGUUGACAAUAGAAAACGUAUACAGUAUUCCGAGCGUGAUCUGUCGAGAUUAAUACAGAUAGAUUUACGUUAAUAAACGUGGAGAAAAUAUUCGACGAUUCAAUUUCGAUUUGCGCCGAAGAUCGGUGACACGGGGAUUGGGAUGAAUCUUUACUCCCUCACCUCCCUCACCUCCGAUCCAUAAAUUAAUUAAUUGUGCCAAUAUAUUCAAUUGAUCCGCUUUGGAGCACUCAAGGGUCAAUCAACGGGCGAGAUGAAGCGUCGCGGAUAAAAUCCAUGCGGCGACGCGAUUAUCAUCUGUGCGAUGACAGAUCAUCAUCUGUGCGAGUCGCGGGAAGCAGCGUUCGAUAUCUCGAUAUCCGACCGUCUGUCCGUUCUCCGGAUAGGCACGAAACGGAACGGGCAUUAACAAGGAGCGAGAACUGGAUCGGCUCGUUUUUUCCUUUUCUCUCUCUCUCUCUUUCUCUCUUUAUGACCGAAAAUGCCCAGAUAAAAUAGAUACUUUUCAUCUUAUUCGGGUACAGACGAAAAAGAUAUGCGCGUGUAAAAAUUGGACGUGCGCGCGUGUUUGCUUCGACGCGCAAAGCCGUUGUGUGCCAGCUCUCUGUUAAUCAGUGUGUAUCAAGAUUUACCCUACAUAUCACCGGCCGGCGGAUCUGCCGUCGAUCCGAGCCGCUGCACCGUCGCGAAAUAUCAUACCUGUUGUUGUGAAUAAAGCUGCCGGACGACAAGAUGACGCGAAGAGGUCUUUUGUUGCUGCUACUCGGUCUGGCUCUAUUGAAAAAAUCGUCCGGUGCCGGAAAAAACGAUGCGGAAAACGAGGCCUCUGGCCAACGGCCGCAUCACAGGCAGAAGAGGCUCCUUUGGUUCACGAACGAUGGACGGAUCGCGCUACCGCCCGGCACGGUCAUGACGAUUACGCCGACACUGGCGUUGCCCUUCGUAAGGCAUCCACCAUACGGUUUCCUCAGCAAUAUAACCAUCAGUCUACCGUUCACGAUCGACUUCGACAAGCUGGGCUUGACGGACAACGAGAAUCCGUACGGGGCCCUACCGCCUAGCUUUGACAGAAAGCUGAAAAGCCGACAAGCCGGCAUGAUGAUGGCGGACUUUAUCGCAGCCUUCAUCAAACGCAGAUUGCACAAACGGGACAUGGCAGAGGUGCCGAAAAACGCGUUCCACGGCGGUGAACGGGCCCUACUCUAUGGUACCGCCGAAGAUAUGCUGAGCACCUUGGGAAUGAACGGGAAAGCAUGCGUGUUAAGGGCGAUCUGCGAGGUUCAGGGACAUCAUCUCAACAACUUUGGCCUGAUCGGCGAAAUGUUAAAGCUCUUCUUCACUGCCAGUCGAUCGCCGUUCGCGAAUCUCCUCAAGGAAUACGUCGAGGCGGAAAAUCGCGGGAAAUUUCACGGCGAGUGCUGGCCCUAUUUUAAAGAUUGCCCGAAAUCUUUAUUUCUACCCUCUUCUACCAACAAAUAUCAGAAAGAUUCGAUGCACAACGAAGAAGACGAAGAGGAUGAGCAUUGGAAUCAAAUUUCGAAUGAACUCGAUGAAGAACCUCUCACAAGGAUAUCAGAACAAUUACAUCCGAUGUAAUUGCAAUUACAUAAUUAUAAUUAUACACGCAAGAUGACUAGAGAAUGUCUAAAGAGGAAAGAAGCUCGCGCUUAUUUUCUCGGACAGAGAUUUUCUGGCAAAUUUUAUGAAAGCAAAAACUUUGUCCAAAGAAUGAGGAGAAGCUGACUUUCCUUCGUAGACUUCAUAUUGUCAUGAAGAAUAUUACGAUUUCCUUUCGUGUCGAAUGUAAGCAUUUAACUUGGGAUUUUUAAAUAAAAAAAUGUCAUUUAAAUGUAGAUUCGAAAAUUAACGCUACAGACACGCGAGAUUAUAAAUGUUUCGCGAAAUGUACGUAAAAUUUAUAUAGUUCUUUAAGGGCAAGCUCAAAAAUAAACAAUAAUGUUAAUAUAACGAGAUUACCAUUAUUGUGUAACUAUGACAUCGUGAUAGGUCGAGUUCUCGGCCAAAAUAUCGUAUAUAUGGAUAGGUAUAAAACUACAUAUAUCUAUGUAUCAUCCGAAUAUAAGAAACUGCUAAAAGUUUGGCUAGUCGUCGACAAUGUAAAAUCGAUGAUAGAUCGAUGUUUUAUAUAUUUAUUUGUACAGUAUGAAAAUAUUUUUAUUGCGAUUUAUUGAUUAUAUUUAAUUGUGUGUAUGUGUAUAUGUACGAUGCGAUUUGUAAUAUAUGACUACAGAGACAUGGACGGACAAGAAAGUAUCAGUAUUGCACGAUCAUGUGUGAUUAUACAGGAAUGAGUAAAAUUAAAUAAAUAUUUUUUUCUCUCACAUUAUAUUUGAUUUAAUUUAAUUUAUUUAUUUAUUGCUCUCAAUUUUUCUCUAUAUUUCGCGAGUCAUUGUAUAUAUCGUCGUUAGUAAUUGAAUUUUUGUACGAAUUAGCUAGAAAUAAUUGCAAUUUUUUCUCCGUCGUACAAAAUUUUAUACAAUCUAAUUUUAAACGAUAUUUUUUUUAACAGUCGAAUUUUCUUCGUGAGAUUUUAAUCAAGCAAUGAUAUAUGAAUAUACUUUAUGUAUAUAUAAAAUAUAUCCAUGAGAGAAAAACGUAUAUUGUGUGUUCGAAGAUUUCAGAACACAAUACCAUGCUGCCAUAAUAAAUAUAGUAAAUGUAUAUCAGCAUCACGUGGUACAUAACAGUUGCUGUACCCUACCUUUCACAAGCGAAUUUUCAAUGUAAACAGAAGUGUAAACGAAUUAUUUAAUGGAAUAUCGUCUUGCGCGAGAAAGAAUACUUAAAUAUGAAUAAAUAAUUAUG